GAAAUGGAGAUAUCUGAUGGUGAGCAACCUUGUUCCUCUUUUUCCAAUGCAUAUAAUUCUUUUUCUGAAAAAUUAGAUUCUAAUGAACUAACCUGUAACAUACCAGGAUCAUCUAUGCAAACACACUGUGAUCAUGAAUUAAAAAUCAAAGAUGAUAUCAAAACAAAAACUGUUCAGGAAACAGCUCGUUCUGAACUAUCUCCUAUCAUUUGUAUAAAAACUCUUAGCCAAACACCUGACUUAGCACCAGAGACAUUUGUUGAAUCAAAAAGGCAUCUGUUAAAAUUUUUGCCAGAUAAAACAGUUUUGGAUGAUAAAAAAAGUGCUAACACCAUUGAUUCAAGUGAAGGUGGUUCUGUUCAUAAAAAAAGUGAAAGUAUUUCUGCUCAAAAUUUGAUUUCUAGAACUCAUACUACUGAUAACCAGGUAUUAUCAUCUGUAAAUAUUUCAAACUUUGUAACAUCUCUUGUUUCCGAGUCUUUAAAUCAAGUUUCAAUUUCUUCGUGUGAACCAGUGCUUACAUCUCCCAAAGUAUCAGAGCACCUUCAGCCUCCAAAAAAUGGAACUGAUCAUGCAUCAAAGCAAGAUAUGAAAUUGUGUGAAGAGCAGAAUUCUCUUCCAUCUGUAAAUUCUGAGCAUUCUGUGUCUCCUGGUAAUAGGAACUUUGUUGUUAGCGAUUGCUUAUCAAUUACUAACAACUUUUCGAAUCAGACUGUCUGUGGUAAUGUGUCUUCUAGUGUAUCAGACUGUGUUAACAUUCCUGUCGUUAUUCAGGCAAAUAGUCACAAUAGUGAUAACAUUGAAAAAGCAAAAGAAACUGGAGAAUCUGAUUUACAGCCAGUUGUAGCAUCUAGUGAGACUUCUGAACCUACACGCUCAUCAGCAACACAGAAGCGGAAGGUUUCUUUAUCGGAAUACAGAUUGAGAAUGCGAGAGAGCAUCAACAGGGUUAAAGGCCUUGAAACUACCCAAAAACGUACAAGUGCUUCUAAAAUAUGUGCAACAGCAAUACCAGAAAAAUUGCCAGAACAGGUUACUCUUGCACCUUUGCCUUUAUUUGAUACUAGUGUCACACCUGGGAGUUCUCCACAUUCUUCUUCUAAAUCUGUAAAAAAGAAAAAUGAAAUGGUUAAAUCUGCUGAAGAAGAAACCAAGAAUGAAUGUAUAGAGUACAGAGGAAAUCUAACAGAACGUUUAAAACGUGAAUUUGGUUUCGAUGAUGAUUUAGGAGGUAGUACAAUGCCUUCACUUGGUCAAACAAAACCUGUAAAUAAUGCUAAAAUAUCAUCUAAUCAAAUUAUUCCCAGUGUGCAAGUAUGUGCUCAACCACCUCCACCUCCACCACCCCCUCCGCCUCGACCUCCUAGGCCAAAUCAGACUCUUUUAGGAGGCCCAGUUGUUGCAUCUUCGCCACAGUUUGGUUUCCAUGUUGCGCCACCUUAUCCACAGCCACCAUAUAUAAUCAAUCAGGUACCUGGUGCCCAGUAUGUGCCAGCACAACCAGCAUUAGCUGUAUCAGCUAUGCCAUCAGUUCAUCCAGCUGGAGUCCAGUGUACUGUACGGCCUCCCUUACUGCCAUCAGCUCAUUCCUUUGUUUCAUCUGUGCCUAGUACUGUUUUGAGGCCUCCAACACAACAUGAAUAUGCAUCUCUUAACGCACAAAAUUAUGCUGCUCUGGUACAUCAGCCCCCUCCACCUCCACCCCAAAAGGCAUUCCCACAUGUCUACCAACCAGGACUUUACAAAUGACUCACAGCUUUUUAGCAUUUGGGGACAUAAGUGUCAGAAUAUAUUUUAAAGAUUUUAUAAAUGAUCACAGUUGUACAUAUUUCAGACAGAUAUGUUCUGGAACCAUGAUAGCUUUUAUUCCUUCAUUUUAUUCAUUUCAUAAACUGUACAUAAUGACUAUCAGAAAUACCUUUUUCAUUAAAUGUUAUGAGAAAAUCUACUUUAACAUUCAUUCUUUUAGAUAAGGGAAAACUAUACUAUAAGUUAUUUGACCACAUAUUUGUUUAUUGUUGUUACGCCUAGUGUUGAUUUGAGUUGGGUGCCAAUGUCAAGGCACAGUUUGUGCUCCGCUCAAUUAGAUUUAAUGUAUAAAAUGUCCAGGAUGUACAGUGACAUUCUUAUUCAUUCAUCAGUGUGGAUUUUAGAUGUGUUUAGUAUUUGUUGUUUUUUGUUUGCGCUCUGAUGUAAAAUACUACAGAUUUUAAAAAAUGAAUUUUUGUACAUGAAAUAACUUAUUUUUAUCUUUUCAGCAUCUUCGUAUUAUACAUAGCCAUGUAUAUAAAUUCUAACAUUAAAGCACCUGUAAUAUUUAAUCAUAUAUAUGUGAAAUUAAAAUACUCUGUUACAUUAAAA